AUGAAUAAAGAAAUUAAAGUUCGUCAACUUUUCCCCUUUUUUACCCAGCAAAAAAACCUAGUCUAUUUAGAUAGUGCGGCCACUAGUUUAAAGCCUAUAAAUGUUAUUCAGGCAAUUACUAAUUAUUAUGAAAAAUUCUCCAUUAAUAGUCAUAGCGAAGGGAGUGGUCUUUUAGCCCAAACAGUCCGUCAGACUAUUUCCCGAACCCGCCAAUUAAUCGCUGAAAAAAUUGGUGCCGACGCUGAGGAAAUUAUUUUUUUGCCUUCCACCACUUAUUCUUUAAACAUUUUAGCCUUAUCCUUGAAAGAUUAUUUAUCAAAAGGCGAUAAGAUUUUUUUAACUCAUUUAGAGCAUAGUUCUAAUUGCUACAUAUGGCAGGAUAUCGCCCAACAAAAACAAACCCAAGCAGAUUUUUUGCCUUUAAAUAAAGAGUUUAUAGUUGAUAUUAAUAAAUUAGAAAACUAUAUCGACAAAAAGACUAAAAUAACUAGUUUUACUCACAUGAGCAAUAGUUUAGGAGUUAUUAAUCCAGUAAAAGAAAUUGCCAAAAAAAUUAAAAAAAUAAACCCUGAUUGCUUAGUAGUAAUUGAUGCUUGCCAAAGUGUCGCUCAUUUACCGAUUAACAUUAAAGAAUUGGAAAUUGAUGCGUUAGUUUUUUCCGGACAUAAAGUUUAUGGGCCAACCGGAAUUGGAAAAAAUGAGUAUUCUUCUUUAUCGAGAAAAUUCGAAGUUGGUACUUUGCCAUUAGCCCAAAUUUUUGGUUUAAAGGCUGCUUUUGAGUUUCUCAGUGACCUAGACAUAAAAGAAAUAAGUAAUUAUGAGAAGGAAUUAAAAAAUUAUGCCUUGGAUAAAUUAAAAGAAUUGGAGAAAGUAAUUAUUUAUAAUCAGGAACUAGAAACAGUGGAUAUUGUUCUUUUCAAUUUAAAGGGUCAUCACGCCCAUGAUGUGGCGGAAUAUUUAUGA